GUCGGUUUGGCCAAGCUAUUUUACGCCCGGGACUUGGCUAUGACUGUGUGGCUUUAGCGCGUGGCUCGCGCGGCUUGCUCUUUGUAGCUUGCUGGGCUGGCCGCGGCCGGGCUCUCUCCUUACUCUCCACUGUGACCGUCGCAGGGCAUCUCGCCGCGAUGUCUACAGUGCGCAGUGGCACUGCCUUGGUUGAGUGUCAUCGUUUCCGCGCACUUUCGCUUGGUGGGUGAACUGCGCAGGGAGUGCGAUUGCAGAGAUCUAUGAAUAGCCAUGGCAUGCUAUCAAAAUCACAAGCACGGCGGGCCGCACAACUAAUGCCAGCGACAUCAAAAACGCUAGAGCGUCGCGGGGUUUUUUGUUUGUUUGUAGUGAGGCCACCGAACGGCUUAUGAUUGGACAAAGUAACAAAUAUCUAACAGCUCCUCCGACUUCGCGCAAACGGCUAAGUCGGCGCAGAAGAAAUCACACAGCGCAUACGUGCGGCGUUUUCUGCCUUGUAGCACAUUUGGAAAGUAGUGAACUAAGAGGUGGAGGACAGGAGAUCUGACAUUCAUCAUCAUCAUCAUCUAUCCUGUUAACAAUUAAUGAGCAUGAAUGGAAACUGCACCUUCAUUUUGAUCUUUACACGACCUCGUCCGCAAACAAAGUCUUCCGCUUUCGCGAUCAUCAAAUUUAGAUCUUGCGUUUUUGCAGGGCAGACACAACACUUCUUCUGCGUAUCAAUCCGUGAUUUACUGCCUUGCGUCCCGCCUCGGCCGGGACCAUCGCCUCCGUGGGCUAUCCGUGAUUUACUGCCUUGCAUCCGCCUGCUCUCGGACGCGUGCGUUCAAUGUACGAAAGCUGCGGACCGGUUUUCUCGGAAGCGAAAGACGCGUGCGACUUUCGCUUGUAGUGCGGUUUUGGCUUUCGGAAUCUGUCCUGCAAAAAGUGCUAACAGGAAAAAGGUAGAAUUGGGAUUUUGCAUGACAAAUGAGGGGGAGGGGGGGUUGUGCACUCUCAUAAAAACACCCGGAAAACGACAGCCGAACCUCCAGGAUGAAGAAGAGGAGGACUGUAUCCUGAGUAAGAACGUCCCCACGCUAGAGUUUGUGAUGCUGGAAGAAGCAUCACGUACUAAUCGAUCUGUGAUGCUGCUGCAGAAGCUAAGAGGAGCAAACUACGAGCCCAAUCUUGUCAUGCGCAACAACCAAAUCUUGUUGAUUUGUCUAGCAGAUUUCCCAUCUUGUUGAUUCUGGGGCGGGGACUUUUUUACUCAGGAUAGACUGCUCCUGGUGCACCGAAUACCAGCACGACACCGCCCAAGAUCGAGUCCUUUUUCCAAAAAUUCGUGAAGAACCUGGUGGAGAAACACGAAGACCCGCCACUGACCCUACCCCUCCCCAGUCACAACGACGACAUCAUCGGCAACCCGGACUUCGAAAAAGCCACCCAAAAUCUCGCCUCCAUGUCCACCGCACCGAGUCUGUCUCUCUCCGUGCACUACCAGGACACGACGUUAGUGGCGACCACGAUCAAAACGGUGUGUUUUUUGGACCAACCGGACACCGCGAAGGCGGCGAUCGAUUUACUAUGAACUGCAAAUAUGUAUGGGUCUGGAAAUUUGUGAUGCUGGGUGGCGUAUCAUGAGGAGGCCACAAGUGCUGGCACAGCAUGACAAAUUUUUGAGCUUCUAGGUGUUGCCUAUUCUGCAUGACAAACUCGGUUUCUGCAUGACAGAAAAGUGGGGCCCUUGGGUAACGUGCAUGACAGAUUUAAGAGUCAUGCCGGACAAGCAUGACAAACAUGCACUCUUGCAGACCCAGACAUUUUUACAUUUCAUAAACCAUCAGGAAUCCAUCGUGCUGAUGAGUUGGAACAAUCGCUGUCAAAUUUAG